UUGUACCUACGUCGGAAGUCGUGCUUUCGGUUACAUAUUAAUAUUUUACCAUUUCUGUCCCGCCAGGAUGCAGCUAGAAUCCAUACAAGAUUUAAUAUCCAACAGCUGCAUACUUCUCACGGGAGUAACUGGAUUUGUGGGUGGUACUUUGUUGGAGAGAAUACUCAGGAUUGGUCCUGGACCGGAAAAGGUAUUCGUCCUUGUGAGGAAAAGACAACAUGUCGAUCCUCAGGUCAGGUUUAACGAGAUACUUUCGUCUCCGUUGUUUUCAGAUGUAGAUCCAGAGAGAUUGAAGCGAGUACAGGUAAUUCCAGGAGACAUUACGGAAGAAGGACUCGGCCUCUCGUCGGCGGACAGCAAUCUCCUAAUUUCGAAAUGCAACCUGGUGCUGCACUCGGCGGCUUUCAUCUCGUUCGCCGCGCAGCUAGAAAUGGCCACAAGGAUCAAUCUCCUCGGAUCUCGACAUGUCCUCGGCUUGGCAAAAAAUAUGCCGAAUAUACGUGCCAUGGUUCACGUAUCGACGGCGUAUGCGAAUUGCACCGUAGGCACUUCUCGAUUGGACGAGAAACUUUACCCAACAGGAAUAGAUUCGGUUGAUUUUAUUCAUACGGUGAAGAACAUGACUUCUCAGGAGAUCGAAAGGAGGACGGCCGAAUUCAUAGAGAACCACCCGAAUACGUACACGUUCUCGAAGCAAAUGGCCGAAAAUCUGUUGGCCAAAGAAAGGGAGCAUGUACCUCUCGCUAUAGUGAGGCCAAGUAUAGUUCUGAAUACCUGGAAAGUACCGAAACCAGGUUGGGUAGACAAUGUCAAUAGUGGUGCUUGUGCAUUCAUCGCUGGAGUGACGAAAGGACUGUUUCGUACUUUCCAGGGACGUCCUGAUAUCAGACAAGAUGUUAUUCCUGCAGACAUGGUCGUGUCCACGAUUUUGGCAUCCGCUUUGUACGCGGCUCGACAUCCUACGGAUCUCCACAUUUUCCACUGCACAUCCAGCAUGUCGAAUCCGUCGACAUGGGGCAAAUACUGCGAAGAAGUGACUAAAUUUUCAAGGAGUGAGCCUUGCAAAAAUGUUGUUUGGUAUCCCGAUGCCAAACCGAGAUCGAAUUUUUUCAGAAACGCUGCCGUCAUGUACAUCUUUCAAUUACUUCCGGCUCAUGUUAUUGAUUUGUUGGGAACUGUGGCUAAACGUAAAAAUGGGCUCGUGGAUAUUCAGCACAGAUAUAUUAAAGGAUGCAAAUAUACUGCAUAUUUUGCAGAAAACGAAUGGGUGUUCAGCCGGAAGAGAACUUUGUCAUUAAUAAACAUGUUGUCUCCCGAGGAAAGAGAAGCACAUCCGAUGGAUCCUGCGCUGAUAAACUGGAGCGAAUAUUUUAAAAACUGUGUAAUUGGGAUGCGCCGAUAUUUCCAUAAGGAGCCUGCAGAAAGUACCGAAAGCGCAUGUAGACAAAUGGCUCGGUUGAGGAUAAUUGCGGCCGUUACUCCAUAUUUAUCUUUCUACCUUCUCUGGACAUUUUUGUACCUAUCAGGAUGUUCCUCCGAAGUUGCAAUUUUUCUCAGCGCAGCUCUAGUUAUUUUCUUAACGUGGUUAUAACUGCGACAGCAGUUUAAAUUCAAUUUCAUGUCAAUUUGAAUGUGGUAAAUAUAUAAAUCAAUCAUAAGUAGUUGCUAUAUUUGUGAGAAAUAUAUAUUUUAAGUAUA